CACUCACGAAAUGAUAGAUAGCGUAGCACAAAGUGAUAAGCAAAUGUACUUAUCAAGUAAGUUAACGUACUUAUAUCUGAUGAGUCAGUAGUAGAAAAAGAAAGACCCCCCACUCUGUACAACGCAUCGAGGAUAGCGAGAUCAAGUUUCCUCUCUCCAUUCUCUUUCCUCUCUCUUCUUAUCCGAAACCUUUCAAACCCUAGAAAGUAGAAACUCUUCAAUUAUAAGCUUAAUUAUGUAAUGUAAUAAUAAUAAUCCUCUCUGAAUUCUUUAGAUUAUUCGAAGAUCCGUGUCGAGAGAUCGAAAUUAGUGGUGCGCUUUUCAGAUUUGAAUUGCUGAUAUGACUUCUUUAAGUAGAGAAUUGGUGUUUCUCAUACUUCAGUUUCUCGAGGAGGAGAAGUUUAAGGAAUCCGUGCACAAGCUUGAGAAAGAAUCAGGAUUCUUUUUCAACAUGAAGUACUUUGAGGAAAAAGUGCAGGCUGGUGAAUGGGAAGAAGUUGAAAAGUAUUUAUCAGGGUUUACCAAAGUUGACGAUAAUAGAUAUUCAAUGAAAAUAUUCUUUGAAAUUAGGAAGCAGAAAUAUCUGGAAGCACUUGAUCGGCAAGACAAGCCAAAGGCUGUGGAGAUAUUAGUGGGUGAUUUAAAAGUGUUCUGCACCUUCAAUGAGGAACUAUACAAAGAAAUCACCCAGCUGUUAAUUCUUAAUAAUUUCAGGGAGAACGAGCAGCUGUCCAAGUAUGGUGACACCAAAACCGCUCGAAGUAUUAUGUUGAUAGAACUAAAAAAACUCAUAGAGGCAAAUCCUCUUUUCCGUGAUAAGCUUGCCUUCCCGACCCUUAAGUCAUCAAGACUGAGAACUUUAAUCAAUCAAAGUCUGAACUGGCAGCACCAGCUUUGUAAAAACCCAAGGCCAAACCCAGAUAUAAAGACUUUAUUUACAGAUCAUACUUGUGCAUCUUCUAAUGGUCCACUCGCACCUACACCUGUCAAUCUUCCGAUUUCUGCAGUUGCAAAGCCUGCUGCUUAUACUUCACUUGGAGCUCAUGGUCCCUUCCCUCCUGCUGUGGCAACUGGUAAUGCUAAUGCUUUGGCUGGUUGGAUGGCCAAUGCCUCAGCUUCAUCAUCUGUUCAAGCAGCUGUUGUCGCAGCAUCAACCAUUCCAGUCCCUCAGAAUCAAGUAGCUAUCUUGAAACGUCCAAGAACACCUCCGGUAACUCCUGGGAUCGUUGACUAUCAGAGUGCUGAUCAUGAUCAGUUAAUGAAAAGGCUUCGUCCUGGUCAUUCUGUAGAGGAGGUUUCCUAUCCCGUGGCUCGACAAACCUCUUGGUCAUUGGAUGAUCUCCCUAGAACAGUGGCUAUGACUUUGCAUCAAGGAUCCUCUGUGACAAGCAUGGAUUUUCAUCCUUCGCACCACACCUUACUUCUUGUUGGUUCUAAUAAUGGUGAAAUUACCCUCUGGGAACUCAGCUUGCGAGAAAGGUUGCUCUCAAAGCCGUUCAAGAUAUGGGAUUUAUCAGCAUGCUCAUUACCAUUUCAGGCAGCUGCAGUCAAGGAUGCACCUAUUUCUGUCAGUCGUGUCACAUGGAGCCCUGAUGGAAACUUUGUGGGUGUUGCGUUUACUAAACAUCUGAUUCAUUUAUAUGCCUACACUGGGUCAAAUGAGCUAGUCCCGCGUAUAGAGGUUGAUGCCCAUGUCGGUGGUGUGAAUGAUUUGGCAUUUGCUCUUCCAAAUAAACAGUUGUGCAUUGUAACUUGUGGGGAUGAUAAGUUGAUAAAGGUGUGGGAUGCAAAUGGACGAAGACUAUUUACCUUUGAGGGGCAUGACGCACCUGUAUAUUCAGUUUGUCCUCAUCACAAAGAGAGCAUUCAGUUCAUAUUUUCAACAGCCAUUGAUGGGAAAAUAAAGGCCUGGUUAUACGAUAACAUGGGUUCUAGAGUUGACUAUGACGCUCCUGGUCAUUGGUGCACUACAAUGCUUUACAGUGCUGACGGAAGUAGAUUGUUUUCUUGCGGGACAAGUAAAGAUGGAGAGUCUUUUCUUGUUGAAUGGAACGAAAGUGAAGGAGCCAUUAAGAGAACGUACAAUGGAUUCAGAAAGAAAUCUGCUGGUGUCGUGCAGUUUGACACAACCCAGAAUCGCUUUUUGGUUGCCGGUGAAGAUGGCCAAGUGAAGUUUUGGGACAUGGACAAUGUUAAUCUUCUAACAAGCACUGAUGCAGAUGGUGGAUUACAGGGCCUUCCACGCUUGAAAUUCAAUAAGGAAGGAAAUGUUCUCGCUGUUACUACUGUGGACAAUGGAUUCAAGAUACUGGCUAAUGCUACUGGUCUUAGAUCCUUAAGAACAAUUGAAACUCCAGCAUUUGAAGCAUUGAGGCCGCCCAUCGAAUCUGCUGCGGUCAAGGUAUCUGGCUCUUCUUCUGUUAAUGUUAGUCCUGUCAACUGUAAAGUGGAAAGAAGCUCCCCUGUCAGGCCGCCUCCAAUUCUUAAUGGAGCCGAUCCCAUGAGUCGAAGUGUAGAGAAAUCAAGAACUGUGGAAGAUGCAACAGACAGAACUAAACCAUGGCAAUUGUCUGAAAUUCUGGAUCCUGUCCAAUGUCGGUCAGUUACCAUGCCUGACAACGCAGACUCUUUCAGCAAGGUUGUACGACUUCUAUAUACAAAUUCUGCUGUUGGUAUCUUGGCCCUUGGUUCAAAUGGUGUCCAGAAGCUUUGGAAAUGGGCUCGCAAUGAACAGAAUCCUACUGGGAAGGCAACUGCCAGUGUUGUUCCACAACGCUGGCAACCCAACAGCGGUCUUCUUAUGACUAAUGAUAUUGCGGGUGUCAACCUUGAAGAAGCAGUCCCUUGCAUUGCACUCUCAAAAAAUGACUCAUAUGUUAUGUCUGCCUGUGGUGGAAAAGUUUCACUAUUUAACAUGAUGACAUUCAAGGUAAUGACAACAUUCAUGUCGCCACCUCCUGCCUCUACCUUCCUAGCUUUCCAUCCCCAGGAUAACAACAUUAUAUCCAUUGGGAUGGAGGAUUCAACCAUUCACAUCUAUAAUGUCAGAGUGGAUGAGGUGAAAUCAAAAUUGAAGGGUCACCAGAGACGAAUAACCGGUUUAGCCUUUUCAACCAAUCUUAACAUCUUGGUAUCAUCUGGUGCUGAUGCUCAACUGUGUGUGUGGAGCAUUGAUACAUGGGAGAAAAGAAAAACAAUUCCAAUUCAGCUACCUGCGGGAAAGUCACAUGUUGGUGAUACACGUGUUCAGUUCCAUUCUGACCAACUUCGCCUAUUGGUAGUUCACGAGACUCAAUUGGCAAUAUAUGAUGCCUCUAAGAUGGAACGCAUUCGGCAGUGGGUUCCCCAAGAUGUUCUGUCUGCUCCCAUAUCAUAUGCAGCAUAUUCCUGCAACAGUCAGUUAAUUUAUGCUUCAUUUUGUGAUGCAAACAUUGGGGUUUUUGAUGCUGAUAGCUUGAAACUAAGAUGUCGUAUUGCCCCAUCAAUAUGCUUGUCAUCAGCCGCUUUAAAUAGAAGCCAAGCCGUGUAUCCUCUUGUGAUUGCGACACAUCCUCUAGAACCUAACCAGUUUGCUGUUGGAAUGAGUGAUGGGUCCGUCAAAGUGAUAGAACCCAGUGAAUCAGAGGGUAAGUGGGGAUCUUCUCCGCCUAUGGACAACGGAAUAUUAAAUGGAUCUGCAUCUAGCAGUCACACGGCCGAGCAGGCCCAAAGAUAAGAUUCAUUGUACUAGUACUAGUGUUAUAUAGCAUAGUUAUUUCCAUUUGUAAAUUUAUUUAUCAGCCUAGGUUUUUAGGUUUUGAUUCACCAAUUUGUUUCUCAUCCAUAUCAGGUCAUUGGACAUAUGCUCUUCUUUAUACCUUAAUUUAUUCUAGUUAACCCAAAUUAUGAUUAUAUAUUUCAUUGUAAUGUUAUUAUUUUCUUGCUAACAGUGGGGGUUUGCCAACAACCCUCAUUAUGGUAUGUAUGUAUAAAAUUUGUUGUCAAAUUGGAACUACUGCUCAAUUUAGAUAUUUUAAAACGUACGGUGCCAAGUGAA